CAGAUAUUACCGAUGAGCCCCCCAGUAUUCGGUUCAUAAUCAUUCAACCGAUACACGCAUUAUUACAAUUAGUGUCGUUAAAGACCGUGUCGUUUCUUAUGUCAGGCUGAGUAAACAGCGGUCUCUAAUUGAACAAUAUCAGAACAGUGCAAAUUAUAUUACUUCUCGAUCGUGUGACCGGUAGUCUUGGAGAGAGUUGAAUUGAUAAAGAUCUAUAUUCAGCAGGUAAGAAAUUCUAACAAUAUUAUCAGUUUCGACCUACGGUAGAUACAGCCCCCAAGUAUUCAAAGCAUGCUUUGCGUUUUACCAGGGUUGUAGCUCCUGGACUCUCAGUAAAAGAAAUGCUACUGUAAGUUAUCUUUUUAGUAGCUAUUCUCUACUACAAUAAAAAUAAACAGACUAUAUUUAUUCCACGAAAGAAAUAUAAAUUCAAAGCAUGUAAAAAACAAAUCAAAACUUAAUUGCUAGAGAUGCUUCCUUUGAAGUAGAAAUGUUCUCACGUUCACUUAAUUUUUACCUCAAUAGAAUAAACUAAAUAAUCGAGCGCAAUUUAUACUUUGCGCGUUUUCGCAUAGGAAGCCGUUGGCUGAAUUAACAUUAAAAUAAUAGCAAAUGUUGUUUUCACGAGACUCCAUUGUUGAAGAAGCAAACAUAACAAUGACAAGUUUAUUGAGGGGACAAAUAAUGUUCUUUCUUGUGGAACUGGCUUUUAUUCACUAUUCAUGGUCAAACAAUAGUUUAAAAAAAACAAUCCGGCUAACUAAGAAAAAGGGUUUUUUUGCGCCAAAGUCUAAAUUAAAUGCGUAGUCUGAAAAAAACUACAUUGGGCAAAAACUUAAAAACGAAUUGAUGGAAAUUAUAUUAUUAUCUGCACAAAUCAUAGCACAGAACAUCUCGUUUUAAACGAUAUAUACUGGACGCAUCAUUAGGUUAUCUUACUGAGUUUUCUCCCUAAGGUCUCUGUAAAAUUUUUGGCGCCCAAAUAAAUAGUAAUUUUAAUAAUUAUAUUGUUAACUUGCAGGCCAAAAUUAACAUGUGCAUAGUGAUGCUAUUGUCAUUUACGGUCUUUCUGGCCCUAACAUGUUCAUGUCAUGGUAGGUAAAAUUAUUUUGUUAAUGUUCCACACUAUUAAAAAAGGCGCCUAGUAAACCAUAAAAAAGGCCUAGUUUCGAGCGAAAAGUUUGUUCAGGGUGAGCCAAAACUCCGCUCGCAACUUAUUUCCAUCUCCAAGUCCGCUCUUCUUGCUUUUCCCGCUUGCUUUAUCAAGAAGUAUUUAAUGGACUUUAAGCUUACGAGAAAGGACCUUUUAUGAAAACGGCUUCCGGACGUCCUUGAGCAGAUUUUUAAUAACAAGUACGAAUGAUUGGUUUUCACGCUCAACCGAAUAGCGUCAAUGAGAAAUAAACCUGAUUGAGAAUGAUCAUUGUUUUGCUUCAGUUUCUUAGCUUGCGAGCAAGCUCUCCGGGAAGCUCUGGUGGCGGAGUGGUGCUCGCAGGCUUCAGAUUCUUGGUAUCGUAAAUAUUCUCCUUUUUAUUAGGUGGAUUGCUUGGAGAGUCACGUGAGAAGAUAGUUUUGGAUAAGAAAGAUGCAUUUAACUUCUUUAGCGCUUUAAAGAGCAGUAUCAAUCACGAAUGUUACGAAGAGGACUGCACAUUUGGUGAGGUUGUGGACCAUUAUGGUUCUUCUGAACAGACGGUAGGUAUACAUCGUCGGACACUUUUAUUUUCUGUUAAUUUCCAUCUUUCUAAAGAGGAAACAGACAGUAAACUAAGGCUCUUUGUGCGACGAUUAAAGAGGGUAAAAGAAAAUUGUAGUGCCAAUGAAUCAGUGUGGCAGUUUUAUAUGAAUAAACAGUUUCGGUAUACAUGUACAUAAGUACUGACGUAUGUGUGAGAUACCUUAUAAAGCUGAUUCUAUAAAUGUUGGCAAUUAGGCAUUGGGUAUUUGUACAUUUGGGCAUACCGAACCAUACCUUAAUUUGCCUGAGUGACCACCAAACAAUAGCUUCCUAUUGCCCAAUUCCCAAUGCCCAAAGCAGCCUUUAUUGAACCAGCUAUACAUACGAGAUAGGUAACGGCUCAAAGUGAUAGAUUUUGAUAUACGUUAUGGACUCGAGCGUGAAAUCAGAUGGCUGGAUGAGCAAAGUUGUAUUUUGCGUUUCAAUGGACCGUGACGAAUUCGAGAUCAAAAAACGGUAAUUAAGGACAAAGGCCAAUAUCCAGCCAUAUUGCCUGACCGAGCAAGCUUGGCCAACAAAGGUGUUACUUGAAGAUGAUGUGAACUGAGGAAAUACAUGCAAUUUUUUAUUCUUUCAUCUUCAUGUUUCGACAAAUUGGCCUGGCCUUCCCAUGAGGGCAAAUCUUGUUCGCUCCCAGAUUUUGGAGGCACGUGACCAGCCGCAACCAGGGUUCUUUCUCGAGAAGACAGAGAACCCUGGGAACGAGGUCGGCUCAAGGAUUCAGUCAUGUAAUAAGUUGAUAAUUGUUUUGUAAAACUCAUUAGAAUUUUUCUGUCAUUAUAGUAUGAAUACUGGAAUACCUACCAAUGCAAGAAAUUCAAGAAGGAUUGUAAUGGUAAUAUUUCUUUCGAUUCUUUAUUGUUUUUGCCGGGGAAUAUAGGGAAAUAGCGUCAGGUUAACUUAAGAUCUAAGCCCAUGGUUUGGUCAAAGAGCUGUGCAUUGCUCUUUUCAGCCCUAAUGGCAUUUCAGCUGUUCAGGAAUAAAAUGGAUUCACUUUCGAGGUUUGUUUCACAAGUGAACGACUUUUAAACUUAAGUUUGACCUCCAAAAUAAUCAAAUUGAUGAGUCGUUUAGUGCGUGCCUUAAUUUAAUAGGCAAUGCGAUAAUCCUUACUCCAGCGAUGCCCAUCGAGAUCGAUUAUUUAUAUGAUCUAGAGAACAGACCUACAGUUCAAGGCCGUAGUUCUGAGAUCGUACGCUAGGAGUUUAAAAAUUCUACAAUAGUAACCUUUAGAUUCUCAGACGAGAACGACUACGAGUACGAGAUUUUCUCGAUACUAAUUAGUGAACCAGCGUUUUGAGAAUGGGUCGUCAUGCUACAAAGAAAAAAUGUCAGUCAAAGGACUUAAAACAGUGCUAACUUUUUCGGUGAAUUGUUGUCAUUUUUUGAGAAACGUCCUCGAAUCUAAAGGUCUCCAUUUAUAAAAAAAAAAAAAAAAAAAAACAGGGAUUAUUGAUUGUCCUCCUUUACACGCCUAUCACUUCACCAUAUAACCCUGAGUCAAUUCUCUUUUAGACUUGGCUUGCCGAGGAAAUGCGAUAGGUAUGGAAAACUAUAAAAUAUCCGGAGGAGGGAUUUACGGCUCAUCCUGGUACUCGCCAUACGUAGAUUUCCUUCCAUCUCAAGGACGACUGAAUAACCGCAAGGGAUCGUGGUGUCCAAAAUCAAACGAGGAAGACAAACAACCAUAUCUUCAGGUUGGGGCCAUACUUAGUAGAUGAGACUGGGUAUGAUAGCAUAUCGCCCUAUGUAAGUUAAUCCAAGACAGUCUGGGAUUCUGGAUUUCACGUUUUGGAUUCCGGAUUUUAGUCCGGAGUCCUUGUCAGUAGAACUUGGGUCGUGGGUUCCAAUCGUUAGUGGGAUUCCCGAUUCCAUGAGCUGAACUCGGAUUCCAAAUCCCAGGAUUCCUGAUUACACAAGAAAAAAUUUCCGGCCGGAUUCCGGAACUAAGAUUGCCAUAAAUGGGGCCAAGCAUAGAUGAAAACAACGUUGCUGCAGUGAUGUUGAAAGCUCCUAGACCUCGCUCGCACACUUCUUUUAAUGUAGUUUUGCACAACUGUGGCUAAGUAAAUUAAUUCAAUGUUUCUAUUGGUUAGAAAGUUUUAAAUGAUGGCAAUGCUAUUGAACGCUUUGUCCACGGUCAAGUCCAAAAGAGCAAACAAAAACAAAGCGCUUCAUAACCAUUGAACUUUAUUAGGACAAAGACUUUAGGCUUUAUACUAUCGUUAUUUGAGUUUUAUUUUCGACUAGUUUCAUCUUGUAUGCUGGAAGAAUAAACGGGAUUGGAAAAGGUUGUUUCGUUUCCAGUUGUAAUUGAUAGAAAGCUAAUAUCUGACUAGAGGGCGUGGGGAAUCAACUUGGGCGUGAAUAACCAUGCGAGUGGACGAGUUUCCCAAAAAAUGUAGCUUGUUAGCUUGUAGAUUUUUGUGAUUUCAUUCAAUUGUUUUGGUUUUUGUUUUUCUAAGACACUUAGAAAUUUUGCUCUUCCUAAAUUUCCUUUGUUACCUUUAAAUAGAUCGAACUACCUCAACGUCACGGAGUCUGCGCAGUAGCUACCCAAGGAUCGUCCGUCCAUGAUACAGAUUACGUGACGAAAUAUGAGGUUCAGACUUCACUGGACAAAAAGAACUGGGUUACAUACAAAGAAAAUGGAACCAACAAGGUAAAUCGCGAUGCAAAUAAAUAUAAAGUAUGCACGUGUUCCUAUUAAGAUGCAUGAGAUGUCCAGAGACUUAGACUGAGGUUUUUUCUAGUUCAAACGGCAUCUUCGUAUGGGACGGGAGUACAUGCAAUCCAAUCUUUACAAUAACUCAGCGAUUUUCCGAAAACUUAAAAGUAAAUGGACGUAAAAAACUGUCAAUGAUAUUGUAAAAAACAAAUCGACAACAAUUCUCUAUGGUCUUAGGGGCGGAUCCAGGAUUUUUUUUUGGAGCGGGUGCGACCACAGAAAUGAACGUGAAAAACCACAUAGUUUUUUUUUUUUUUGCAAAACUUUGUAUUAUCGACCAUCACAUCAAAAUGUUCUAAACGGUUCGUCUACGGUUCGUCUGCGGCUCGUGGUUGCACUUGAAUUCUGAACAUAUUGACGCCAUUUCUAUGGUCGAUAAGAGUAAAGACCAUGGAAAAUGUCGAUUUCAAUUGUUAAGUAGAACAUAAAAACGUUCCUCUUAAUUCAUUACUGUUCCACAUGCUUCACAUUAGAGAGGGGUUACGGAACAUCAAUGAAAUUAGUUAAAUAAAAAGAAAAUAAUUCUGUGCGUUUUACUGAUUGGUUUUUAAUGCGCUAUUUUAUACAUACGCUGAAGACUUGUCAAUUUAUUUGCACACAAAACCAUUUUUCUGUCAUAAGGCCCAUUUCAUUUCUGAAUACAGCAUAAUUGACACCUCUUGUAUAUUUUAACAGGUAUUUUUUGGAAAUACGAAUGCCAAGGAUAUGGUGAAACGAAACCUGGAACGACCUGCUCUAGCCAUGUUUAUUCGUUUUCUACCCAAAGAAUGGAAAAGCUGGCCGUGCAUGCGUGUUGAGGUUUACGGAAAACCCGCCAGUAAGUCGACCUAUAAGUCACCGCAAUCAGUAGAGUUCUUUAAUUCGCAAGCAAUCUUAUAUGAUUGGCUUAUAAGCUCUAUAUUCAACUUACCCCAAAAUGAAGUUAGAAAAACGACAGUGAAAAGAACAAUGUCCGCAGAAUACCAAUGACAUGGGUUUGUGAAUAUUGCCUUCAAAUUAGUAGUACUAACUUACCUUGGCCGCAGACGACAUAUAUUGUAGCAGUUGAAUCAACGUCCGGGUAAGCGUAUAGUUCCUUUGAUGUUUCUCUCGCCCCAUCCUUAUCCUAAUUUAGGGAAAAAACCGUCAAGGUUAAAUUCAAACAGCGUUCGCGAAGUGGUGCUUUUCUAUCUCUAGCCUCGCGUGAGUCUUCAGUUUUAACGGUAGUAAUAAAUAUGGUAUACUUAAUCACCACACAUUUAUAUUUUUGUGUCAUGUUUUCAGACUGCACAGUGAGGACAACAGACAACAAAUGCUGCGUAUUUCCCUUCCUUUACAAAGGCGAGAGAAUGUUUACCUGUACAUCUUACUCAUUUGGAAGGAAAUGGUGUGCUACGACUUACGACUAUGAUAACGACGGUCAAUGGGGGAAGUGCUUAGGUAUGUUGAACGACAUGUUAGAUACUGAACCAUUACAUUACAUUGCGUGCAGCAGGGCUGCGAAACGUACGUGAUUGGUUCAAGGUAAAGUAAAUGAUCAAGUUUCCCCAGAGAUACAUUACUUAGGGCCUCUUUACAUUGAGGUGGGGGACCUCAGGUAGGUGGGGUAACUCGAACGUAUAUAUAAUCUUUCAUUUUAAUUUGAGCACUUUUACAUGAUAGGUAGGGUGACACGCCACGGGUUAACAAGCCUACCUGAGGUUCCCACCUCCAUGUAAACAGGCCUUUGAAUUCCAAAGGUUGCACAGAUGAUACGAAAAAGGGACGCGCAUAAUCAGGAGAGGAUAGGUUUUUUUAAUAAUGCUACCUGCGUUCGCGCAUAGUCUAGGUCAGUAAAGAAAUCUUCUACCAUUUUUAUCCUUAACUCGGGACCGUAGCCUGCCCGGCAGAAACUGACCAUAGUUUUCAUUCCCUCUGCAUUGUGCGAACGGAUGUUAUCGAAAAAAAACACAUCGCCAUCAUUAUCAGCAGCAGCAGUAGCAGCAGCCGACCACAUCGCAGUCUUCCACUGGCUUUUAAAAGUCCCUCCUGUAUUGGAAUGGAAAGAAAAGUGGGCCUCGAUGAACACUGCCGAGGAUGUGAUGUAACUGACGUCAGCCUUUGGCGAACGAUUUUGCGUUUGCCAUGCCUGAAGGGCAGGCUCUAUUUCCGCCUUGACGCGCAUUUCCCGAACAGCGGCUAGUAAUCGAGCCUAUGCCCACGGUGGAAUUGAGGCUAUAGUCUCUUUUUACGAAACCAUUCCCUGGUUUCCUGACAAAGUCCUCGCAAAAGACCGGGAGCUGUCGUUCUCGUUUCAGCCAGAUGAGCUGCUGGUAUUGUUGUUUCACGCUCUUGAGGACGCCAUCAUUCAAGAUGAAGUUUAGUCUCUUCUUAAUCAGGAAUAUUCUAUAGCAACUAGUGGUAGUAGCUGUGCGUCGAUUAUGUCUUCAAGAUUAGAAUAUUGGUGUUGUUAUUUUGUAGUUAAUCUCGUAUCACUCUUUUUUCUGCAGCUGAAGACCUCAAGCCAAAGUCGUGAAUGCAACGACCAUUGCAGUUCAAGUAGCAACAGAGUGAUAAUAGCGGGAAAUAACUGACGAACGCUUAGCUGGAUUUUUAGCUUAAACAUCAUGUUUGUAAAACUGGAAGUACUUAAUAAAUCCGUUUAUACUUCAACAACAAGAGCUAAUAUAUUUAAACUUUAUUAAAUUUGCAAUAAGCCUGAUGAGACUGAAAUAAAAUCAUUUAAGCUACGUGCAAACGGAUGCAACAACACCCAACAUUGUUGGGCCAACGAUGUUAGGAGUAAAGCCCCGUGCAAACGGACGCUACAUUGUUGGCCAACAUCUCCCAAAAUUUUGAGUGUUACACGUAGCGUGUUGUUGGGAGUUGUUAAGAAAGGUUUGAAAGCGGUCAAACUUUGAGCCAACAACUCCCAACAUUGUUGGGCCAACGAUGUUAGGAGUAAAGCCCCGUGCAAACGGACACUAUAUUGUUGCCCAAAAUUCUGAAUGCUACAUGUAGCGUGUUGUUAGGAGUUGUUAAGAAAGGUUUGAAAGCAGUCAAACUUUUGAGCCAACCACUCCAAAGAUUUCUUUUUUGCAAGUAUAUGUAGCUUAAACAUAUGUUUUUUUUUUAAUUUACAAGAACUUUGUUCGAUGCGGAACAGAGCAAUUGUACCUGAAUACAAAUAUGAUACGACGAAUAAUUAUUCUGUUAAUUGUUAAAAGAGGAAUGGAUAAAUUGUUAGUUCGUAUUGGAAUAUGGCAAGAUUCCGCUCUUUAUCCAUUCCAACGCGUGUUAUGGUUACAAAAUUGUGAUAUCGAUCGAGAACUAAGAAAGUGUCUGCAAUUCAGUAAUACCGAGAGUGCUUAUUUCAUAACAAGAUUCAAACGAGGUUAGCCCAAAAUAGCGGGAUGUCCGCCUAGCAAGAAUUAACUGCAUCUGCAAAUUACUCAAAAUCACAAAUCGGCAUCUUCAAAUGUGACGAAUUUUGAAGAGAAGAUCCCGUGCAUAGCAACAUGAUGAAACAUAACAACCAAGUAUAUCGGUCUGGAAUUCACUCGAAAACCUUUCGUCGUUUCGCUUUAUUUCUUGUUUUCCCUAGCAAAAUAUUGCAGCUGUUGUUAUCAUUCUAUAUCAUGAAGGUUUACCAGCAAAUUAGAUAGAGUUUUUAGCUAAGUGUGUUUCAAGAAUGUCAGUUCUAUGCUCAUGUUACAGGUGACUGCAACAAAGACAGUUUUUGCAUAAGAAUCGACGCGAGUUCAGACUGUUUGUAAGGCAAAAUAACUUUAAAAAGUUAAUAUAUUCACACCCUUGUUACCCACGUUCGAAUUCCAGACAGAAACAUCGCCGUACGUGGGUUGAGUUCUCCCCUUUGCUCCAAGAGGUUGUUUCCUUUUCUCAAAAAGAAUUUUUCUUAAUUCCAAUUCGAUCCAAAAUAGUAGAUGAAAACCACUUUGUAAAUGUAUGUUUAUUUUUGACACUGCGUUCAGAAAAAACAACUUUUUUCUCCACACUUUUUCCUCUUUUGACCCUCCUUUUGCAGCUUAAUUAAGAAACCGUUUGUUCUCAACAGUAGCAAACUAUGAUGCCAAAAUAAUGAUUCUUAGUCAAAACAAGGCCUUGAAAUUAAUAUUUUAUUCCAGUUUACUUUUCCCUUUGCAAGCCAUGACAUCGUCUCUCAGACUUACGUCCUCGUUCAUGAAUUAACAAAAUUUCAUAUCGCAAUACCUGGUAUUUCUAUGUAAAUGUUGAUUCUGCGUACCUAGCUAUUUUGUAGCCUAUUCAGUGAUUAGCAAGCUAUUUUUCCAGCUGUAUUUGCAUUCAGCCUUUUGAUAGAUAAUAGUUACAAUUCACUGACGUUUAAUUGACAUUUUAAUUGAAGGUUGGCGAUUAAUUGUUAUUCGCGCUAACGGUUUGCAGAACAGGCGCCAAAACUACCAGUUCCAAGAAAAGGCAACAACAUUCAUCAGUUUGUUCAUCAAAAAUGUCUUCCAUGUGGAUUGUCAUUUUCCUGAUGUCUAUUUUGCACAACUGUCUCAGUAAGUUAAGUAACAGUUGCAAUACCAUAGAUAGCGUUUCUUUAUUAAAUCAUUAACAGAACGUUGCUCAGUAUUUUUCAAAUGCAUAAAUCAAACUGUAAUCGGUCUUCUCGUGCAGCUAUAUCAAGCACUUCUCGGUCAGAGUAACAAACUGCAGUAUUAGGUCUAUGCGAUAUGACAGCCAACCUUGUUUUUUUCCGUUCAUGCAAGGCGUUUGAAGAAUAUGCCCGGACAUUGGGAACUCCGAUGAGUAAUAAUUGAGUUUAUAAUUAAUAAUCUCCUCCCUUCAGUAAUAAGCUUUUACUUUCAGUUAGUUUUAUGCAAAUUUUUAUUUCUUAUCGGACGAGAUUAUGGGACGAUUGCAGUAGGCACUAUACACCGACUAACUUUCUACCAAGCGUGGUUAGUUCAUUGUAAGAUUUUAAGCCUAUUUUCACCGUAGAUUAUGUGUGAUUUACUAACGCCACUAGAUUGUGACGGGUUUCCAAUUUUUGGAGAAAAACAUCCAAUUUGUAGUCAAUCACUGAGUCAGUAAUGUGCAACACUGUGGUAAGGAAAAAAUGUUUCGUUUACAUUCGCAGCCGGUUAGAAUGGUGCUAGAUAAUUGAAAUUCGUCAGUUGAUUUAAAAUGACAGGUCACACUAUCAUGCAUAAUGUUCUUGUGAUACAGGUUUCUCGAGACGGGCCCAAGAUGUGGUCUUGACCAAGGACGAAGCCUCGUCCUUUUACAAGCGUUUCUUUGACAACAAUAUUGACGAAGAGUGUUACGGGGAGGAAUCCUGUGAUUUUGAAGAAGUGGUGGAAAAGUUUGGACAUUCGGAACAGUCGGUUAGUAUAGCAAACAUCCUUUAUUAAAUAUUAAUAAUAAUAAUAAUAAUGAUAAUAAUAAUAAUAAUAAACAAUUAAAAACAGAACGAAAGAAGAUUGACCUAUUACUCAAAACCUUCGGCUCCUAAAUCCUGUGGAACGAAAACUCAAGUAAAAACUCUUUGUGUAUCCUCCUCUCCGCCUACGUAUUCACCUCUCAUAGGAAACUACAGAUCCAAAACACCAAGAUUUUCAGAUUUAAAUCUCUAUAGUUGGAGCCUCUCGUAAACGACCAUCUCUCGUAAGAGCCUACAACCCCUUUUUACCCCUAUGUCACUUUUCUGGUGCUAUGCUUCUCAAAACAUACGAAAAACGUUUAGCUACAAUGUUUAACUACUCAUAUUAUCACUUACAAACGGCAUGCAAUAAACUCUCGUUUAAAGAGUAGAUCUGGUAGAGAUUUGGUAAAGAUUUCAUGUACGUACCCACCGCCUUGAGUGUCCCAUUAUAUAGGAUCUAACUCGCAAAUGACCCCCUGUGGUUCAAAUUCCAUAAGCGACCAGUAAGUCUUCACAUUUUGGGUGGUCACUUGCUAAAGGUUCGACUGUAAUAUCAUAUAAUUAAUUUUUUCUCAGUAUUGUUCAAAAUAAAAUCGGCGAUUUUUUCUCAUAUUUUGGUCACUGUUAGGGUGAAAGAAUUAAAGUAGUAAACUAAUUCACAUUCGCAUAAAAGCUACCGUAUGCCUCUUAAUAGAUAAGUUAUGGGUGAAAAAUUUUGCAGAAGGCAUAGGGUGAGCUGAUAGAGAAAACUUGCCAGCGCCGCUGAAGGGGAGGAGGGUAGGGAAACUUGCUUGCCCUUUGUAGAGUAGAGUUGCGAGAAGACGGCAAAUUUGUUUGCUAGGGCGUAUAAAAGGCCUAGGUAAUUUCCCUGGGGACCGUAUAGGGCCAAUAGACUACCUUACAAGGGAGCACACAGUUAUCUAGUUGAUUAAAUCGUCAUGCGGCGGCUUUUACGCGAAUGAGAAAAGAAAUGUCUUUGCUUUUAACGAAUUAAAAUUGUGCUACCAGUUUAGGUACGACUGACCUUUUAUUUAAUCGUUUUGUGAGCCAUAAUUUCACACCUGCAUUUAUUAAACUAUUACUCUGAGUUAUGUUUAUUCGAUAAAAUUAAUUUAAAUGUAAAACAGCAAUAAUGAGUUUGACAUUGCAACAAAAUUUCUUGCAUUCAGUUAAAUGUAGAAUAUUUCGCUAAUUGAAACUCCAAUGGGAAAUGCCAAACCAUUUCACUUAAUUAUUAUUUUUUUCUUUUUUUGCCUUUCUGCAGCGAAAAGUGCGAUUUAUUAUGUAACCAUAGAAACGGUGAUCUUUUCACGUACAAAGAUACAGUGGAAACUCUAUUCAGGGGACACCCUCGGGACCAAGGGAAGUGUCCCCUGAAUAGAGGUGUCCCUUGAAUGGUGGUUGGUCUGGGAUUUGUUAAUAAUUAACCAACAAAUUAUUUUUUUAUAUAUUUUCUGACGUCACUAGAUAAUGUGUCAAAAAUUAUGAUUAACGUCCAUUCAAUUUAGUUGUCCAUUCAAUUUUUGAAGUGAUCUGAACACCUAACCUGUUUAACAGAUACAAUAGGUUGUCCAUUCAAUAAAGGUAACAGAUACAAAGGUUAUGUGAACAUUUUCCCGGGACCAAGUUUUGUUUCCCAUGAAUAGAGAUGUCCCUUGAAUAGAGAUGUCGCAAAGGAGGACACUGCAUCAUGUUUUUCCGCUAAAGCUCCCGUGAUAUUUCAUUGGUGCCUAUAUAACAAAAUCUAAUAUAAGGGCUUCAUACUAUUCAAAAACCUGGGGGAAGGGAGAACGUAGAGAAUAAAAAUUUUAACGCAUGUAUUAAUUAUGGUCAUGUAGCAGCUGCUAGGAAGUUGAAAGCCAAUGGAUUUGCUACCCAAACCGGAAAACAAUGGUAAACAAUGAAUUACCAUUCCUUAAAUGAACGAACCGGGAAAGACCUUAUGAGUAGCUCCUAUGUUCGUUAAUUGUUCUCGCGUUAUUUCGUGAAAACUCCCGGACAUGUAGACUACUGCCGUGUCAAACUAUCAUAACUGUUUUAAAGGCACGGUAAAACGGGCAACAAAAAAACAUGCAUGUAACUUGUCAUGCAACAUUGCUGCAAAACCAGAAAAAAGCGUAGUUGAGCUAUUUACCGCAUCAAACUUGUCUUGCAAAAAACUCAGGUUGCUAACAGGUUUGAACGCGGGUGGUAAAAAGAGGAACAUCGCUUUCGGACUCGUUUUGUAGCAAUCUUGCAAAACAAGCUGCACGUUUUUGUUAACCGUUUUACCGUUUCUGUUUGCAUUCAAUAACCGUUUAAUAUUAUGUUUUUGCCGUUUCUACUUUCCUUUUUUAGUACGAAUACUGGAACACUUAUCGCUGUAAUACAUCAAACUACCGCUGUCAAGGUAAAUUGCUGCAGUAACUGUAUUCUGCAAGUUAUUACUUUUUAAAGCUCUUUAUACGGUACUCCCUCGAAUAAGCGUCCAUGCUCUUAUGAACGUCCAAAGAAUCUACCGAAAGAACACCCACGCCCUUAUUCCAGAUCCCGAAAAAGGAUGACAGAAGUUGUCCGUGCUUGUCUACAGCGCACGAAGCGUGAUUUGAAUCAGGAGCGUUCGAGGUCCGUAACUGAGUCAUAAUUAUCCUUUCGUUUCAGCUGAAAAAGAACAUUGUAUGAGAGUAAAGCUCCUGGAAUUCCACUUUAAUUUUCUCUGUCGACUCUUGAGGUCUUACUUCUGACGUGUUAAAUCCAUAACUUUACCUCGUCUUAGUUGGAGCAAAUGCCUGUGCAAAAAUUUCUUGGCCAUUUACUAGUACUAGAAUUCCCUCGGUAACAUGUAACGCUUAACGGGAUUCCACGUCCUUUUCAAUUUGGGGGACAUUUCUUCGACUUGUUUUCCCUGGAAGGCUCAGAAAAAAAGUGGGUCUUACUUCAGUCACAUUGUUUAAAACUCAACCGUACACUUUUGGUCACCAAUACAGGUGUCUGUCUUCCUUUUCACACAAUGAAUGUGAAGAGCACUGUCCUCAGGUGCAUUCAGUCUCUUAUAAUCUUUUAUCUGUUUAAACCAGACGUGAAAUGUCGUGGCCAUCCAAUCGGAAUGCAAAGCAAAGAGAUCCCGGAUGAGAAUAUUGUCGCAUCAUCAUGGCAGGAACCCUUUCACUCCUUCCGACCGGAGGCUGGUCGCCUUGACAACGAGGAUGGGGUAUGGUGCCCUAAUACACUAGGAAACCCGGAUAAGAAGCAUUAUGUUCAAAUCGAGUUUCCUUCCAGAUACAACGUUUGCGCUGUCGCUACCCAGGGCUCGCCUCUGCAUAGUACAGACUGGGUUAAGAAAUAUCGACUACAGUUCUCCUUGGACGGCAAGAAUUUCACCACUUACACUGAAAAUGGAACCGUUAAGGUACAGUUCCCUCUAUUAUUUCUAUAGAAUUUUUAAUAUUAUCUUAAAAAUUAGUUUUCGACUUAUUGUCUAGGAUUCAUUUGUAAUUUUCAAGUUUUGUAAAGUUUUUGUAAAUAAUUGCGUAAUUCAGCCUUUGGCUGCGAUGCAGUUUUAAUGAACUAUCUAUCUAUCUAUCUAUCUAUCUAUCUAUCUAUCUAUCUAUCUAUCUAUCUAUCUAUCUAUCUAUCUAUCUAUCUAUCUAAAGAAAAGCCAAAUGGUUAGGUUAGUUAGUUGGGUAACAUACAGGCCAAUACUCUGGGGCCUCUGUCCUGGCCUAAGCCAAGUGUGUAGAAGAUAUCGAUGCUCCCAUCCGAAUUGAAUGCAGUUGUCGGCCUAGCCAUCAGGCAGGCUCUUGAAUAUGAGUUCCAGCUCCUCACCACCUACAUACCGGUGUUUCAUGUAUUAAGAUCCUGGUUUAUUUGUAUGUUUUAUCUUUUGUUAGUAGGUUGGCCUAACAGAAGUGGAAAUCUAGUGUAUAUGUAUGUUGUAGUUAAUUUUUCUUUUCCUGUUUCAACUUCAUUAGCAUACAUUACCAUACCCAAAAACAAAAGAAAAACAAAAAUUACCUGAGAUAAAAAAUCAAAUACAACAUGUACAUGAAAUUGUGCGUGUGCGUAAGUUUUUUGUUAGCUUGCUUCCCAUGUAUUGCAGGCUCUCUGUAAGUGUAAAAUUUCUUCAGAUAGUUAGCACAAAUUUUAACUUCCUCUUCCCUUGCAGGAGUUCACAGGCAACACUAACUCCGAUGACAUGAUUAAACAUGAUUUAAAUCGUCCAAUUACCGCACAUUUUAUUCGCUUUAUCCCGGUGGAAUGGAACUACAAACCAUGCAUGCGGGUAGAAAUAUACGGAAGCGCCAUCGGUAAGAAAGAUUUCAAUAGCUACCACAUCACAUUCUUUCACUAACAUGUACAGCCUAGAACUCAGGCGCUUAGUUCAGGCACGAUCAAACCUGAGCUCCUAGACGGGCUGAGUCAAUCAUCCCAUCCUAAGACCACUUAGGGUAAUUGCUACUCUUAAUUAACAAAAAAUGAUUACAGAGAUACAGUGAGCCAGCGGUCGGACCUUAAGCCAAAACUUACGUAAACUUUGUUCGACCAUCGGCAUGACAUACCAGGUGUCACGGUCUUGUCUAUAACCAUGCAAUCGUCUUUUAAUGUCAAGCCAGGGUGUGACUUAAACACCAGCAUGACAUAGCCAGGUGCCGGAAAAUGUCAAGCCUGGUGUGAACAACACCAAAACACAGGAAUGAGAUAGCCAAGCAUCAUUUUAGUGUGCACUUCUCAUUAACAAACUAAAGAAGGGUGAAAGAGACAACGUUAGCCGCUUAAUGAAGCUAUAGUCUGGACUAAAACAGGAUCUUAUCCAUAGCCAGCCGAGGGUGAUUUCAUCAAGAACCUGAUUAGUUAAGCUCUACUGCUCGUUAAAUCGAGCCACUGCUCCACUUGGAAUGAAGAAGAAUCCUUGACAUGCGUAUGUAUUAUGCGUAUGCGCAUAUGGACCUCGCGUGCCAGACUUAAAGUUCCAACUAUUAAAUGCAACAGGCAAAUUAGGCCAGUAGUGUUUAACAACUGCGCAGCGCCAAAACAGCAAGAGAAAUCUACUCGCGUUAGUCCCCAUAACAAAGAACAAGACAAGCAAGGGGCUUUUUCACGUCGCCAACGCUGAUAACACAAUCGAAAAACCAAACUAGCUAGUGCGAAACAAUUUAACGCGCAGUCUCCCUGUAGUCUGCCUGAAGAGUCCUGUUCACAUUCCGAGCUAAACUGACUCAGUACGAUCUCUUGUUUUGCAGCCUGCCCGUGGAAGACGAAGAAUGACAAAUGCUGUGUGUUUCCGUUCAUUUACAAAGGAGAAAAACAUUACAAAUGCAUUAUUGACUGGGUGUGGAUGCCUUGGUGUGCCACCACAUCAAACUAUGACAAAGACAAAAAAUGGGAAAACUGCCUUCCUCGUAAGAUAUUCCCUUUCCUUAUCCGCAUGAGAGCUAUCAUUUUCGUGGCAUUUUUAACUCGAUUUUUACUAUAAAACUGCAACUACGAUAAGUUUAUUAAAAACACACUCCAUUUUGUAGGUGCACCUCAUUUUUAUGUCAACAAGCGUAAAAACAAUAAUAAUAAUUCCGUUAUUUACCCUCGGUAGUAUUUAUAGCACUAAUGCUAGUAGGGCCGAGCAAAUGCCUGAAACAAAUAAUUCAAAUUGAACUCAACAGGGCUAAGAAUCCCAACUGGCCGGAGGCAAACCAGCUGGCUACUUGCAAGCGUGGCCGAGGAUUUGAACUCGGUACUACCGUGAACAAAUCCAGCUAGCUGUCAGAGCGGGACUUGAACGAGGGGCCUCUGAAUUGCAAGUCCGACGCUCUCGGCCACGCUGCCUCUUAGACUAAUCAAGCAUUAGCUUGAUUAGCGGAAAUAUCUCGAUGCCUAACUACAAUAAAGAAAUCAUAUUUCUUCAGUUCUGUUAGUUCGAGUUCCAGAUCUUGUUCCUAUCCCGUCGCUUUGUGUGUAUCGAACUCGUUUGUCCACAGCCCUGAAUGGUAAUUAUUCAAUAUGACACUAUUUUUUUAUCUUUUUAAUAGUUUUAAUGCUCGUUUUUUCCAUGACAGGCAGCAAGCAGUGAGCCAGAAAUGGGAGUGCUACAAUGAUCAGAAGAUGAGCAUUAUGAACAGGGGAAACAUUUACGCACUAUAGUUUCAUUGUUACGUAGAGCUAGGA